GGGCCUGGGGGGGUUCUUCGCGUGCGGCCGGGCCGGGCCGGGCAGUCUGGGACGCGCCGCCGCCAUGAUCAUCCCUGUACGCUGCUUCACUUGUGGCAAGAUCGUCGGCAACAAGUGGGAGGCUUACCUGGGGCUGCUGCAGGCCGAGUACACCGAGGGGGAUGCGCUGGAUGCCCUGGGCCUGAAGCGCUACUGCUGCCGCCGGAUGCUGCUGGCCCACGUGGACCUGAUCGAGAAGCUGCUCAAUUAUGCACCCCUGGAGAAGUGACCACGCUGGAACCCACCCACCCGCUGUGCUGACCAUGGGCCCUGAGCGUCCUGCCCCGAAUUCACGAGGCUGAGGCAUCCGGGAGCUGGCGUAAUGCCUGGCCGCAGCGUGUGUGUAUCCCAUACCCCACUCUGGAAGGAACCAUCCAGUAAAGGUCUUUCAGAACCA